AUGUCGUCUGCCUCGGAUAGACUCGCCGCCAUUCAGGGCCACGUAGACCCAGCAAAAGCUGCGCAAGGUGAGACUCGCAACUUGUCUGGCCUUAAUCUGUAGGCGUGUUCGCAGAGCAAAUACGUUUCAGAGUUGCGGGCUAGAUGAGGUCCGGGUGGUCACUCGAUCCUCUUCCCUUCGGAACUCGGCUUACCGUCAUCUGUACCCCGCAGCUGUAUGGGCAUCGGUGCCUGAAGCACCUCCCGACGUGUAAGUAUCGCAGGAAUGGAGCAAAUCAUCGCGAAGAAGGCUGACGCUCUUGAGCACUAUCCGAACCCUCCUUUCUGGCUGUUUCAGUAUCUUUCAAUUGACUGCUGCGUACAAGGCUGACAAGUACGAUAAAAAGGUCAACUUGGGUAUCGGCGCAUACAGAGAUAAUGACGGCAAGCCAUGGGUCCUUCCAAGCGUCCAGCAGGUGAGUAUAGAAGAGCAGAGAGCUGAGUCAGGAAAGGUGCUCUGGCUGUGGCAGUCGUCUGCAAUAGCAGCAGAGUUUAUACUCUCGCACGCAUUCAGAGAAAGUCUGGAGUGAACCCCACUCAUCACUUCACUCGUCUUGGCAGGCGCAAGAGAGGUUGAUCGCGGACAAGUCCGUCGACCACGAGUACCUCUCAAUCACUGGUCUGCCCACCUUCACAUCUUCUGCAGCCAAAUUAUUGCUGGGCGCUGAUUCUCCGGCAGUUGCAGAGGACAGAGUCACUAGCGUGCAAACAAUCUCUGGCACUGGCGCAAAUCACUUGGGCGCUGUGUUUUUGAGCAAGUUCUACGCUUUCAACGGAGACAGGCAGAUCUUCAUCUCUAACCCCACUUGGGCAAAUCACAAGGCCAUCUUCAAUUCGGUCGGCAUCAAGCCGGUCGACUAUCCGUACGUGAGUUGCUUUCCUUCACCGCGUACCGCAGCAUGCAUGGCCCACCCAUGGCAGUCAACAGGACUUCGAGCUUACCUUAGCGCUCUGUUGUGACUCAGUACGACGCCAAGACUAUCGCGCUUGACUUUGAGGGCUUCACGUCCACGCUCAAGAAUGCUCCAAAUGGCAGCGUCAUCCUGCUUCACGCAUGCGCACACAAUCCUACUGGCGUUGACCCCACCAAGGAGCAGUGGCACGCCAUCGCCGACAUCUUCCUUUCCAAGGGUCACCUUGCUUUCUUCGACUCAGCCUACCAAGGCUUCGCAAGCGGCAACCUAGACGCCGAUGCCUUCAGCGUGCGUUACUUUGUAUCGCGACGAGACAUUCCCGUGCUGGUCUGCCAGUCGUUCGCCAAGAAUGCCGGGCUGUACGGAGAGAGAGUAGGGGCCUUGCACGUGAUUUCUGCUACGAAGGAGCAAGCAAAAGCGGUAACGACUCAAUUGUCGGUCAUUCAGAGGAGCGAAAUUUCAAAUCCACCAGCUUUUGGCGCUCGAGUGGUCAGCAUGAUCCUCAACGAUCAGAAGCUUUGGGCGCAAUGGAAUGAGGAUGUCCGAACUAUGGCGAACAGAAUCAUCGACAUGAGGAAGCAAUUGUUCGAGCUCCUCACCAAUAAGCACAAGACGCCUGCUCCCGGAGGGAAUUGGAACCACAUUGUCAAGCAAAUCGGCAUGUUUACGUACCUAGGCUUGUCCGAAAAGCAAGUGGCAAAGGUUGUCAACGAGGGUCACAUCUACAUGACCAAAAACGCCAGAGCAAGCGUUGCUGGUCUCAACACGCACAACAUCGAGUACGUGGCUCAGUGGAUCGACAAGGCGGUUCGAGAAGCCUGA